GCGCAGUGGCAGUGUUUGCAUUCCGCCUCCCUCCUGACUGACAGCGCCGUUAGCCGCCGCCGCUCACCGGCGAUGAGACAGCAAACGCGGACUCGAUUAAACACACCGAGAUGGACUUGGCGAGCACUUUUUACCACUACAAAGACGGGUAUUAUUUAGACGCCGCUGUCUGUCGACGGUAGAUGGUUGUUUGCAUCGGUUGAGGUGGUUUUUUUUCGCGGGGGGGGGCAAAAAAAAAACUCGACGUCCGGGGAAAAGACAAGGAUGAGACGACUGGUUGGUUUCCUGCGACAUUACACCGGCGAGCUAAAGCGGCGUCCACAUUUCUGCCUGAAGACCACCCGAGGGCACCUUUAGCUGUGCGUGGAUGUGCUCACCUGUGUCGUUGCGACACUGGUCACCUUAAAAUAAUCGCGGUUAUCUGUGAAAAUGUGCGCGAAGUUACAGAAGAGGCUGGGCUAAUUGCUGCUAGCUUUUGGAGCUAAACCAAACAGCGAGCUGAAUAUCCUUUGUUUUUUUUAUUUCCUUUAAUUGAAGACGGUGUUUAUUUGUUGUUUUUAUCCGUCUGAAAGUGGAUUAACACUCGUGUUGUCUCGCGUUACAGCCCGGAGCGUUGAAUUAGAUUUUUUUUUUUUUUAAAGGACAUAAAUCAUCUGACUUCUCACUGAUGGCUCGUUAGUAUCGCGGUACCGCAGCUGACCCCGGUAAGGUUGCUCACACAGCCGCUUCUUAGCUUUUAAUAGCUCCCUCGGCUGCAGGAAAAAUGCACCACCAGGAGUUUCCCGGAGAGCAGUCCGGGUCGGGGAGCAGGAAACCCGCGUACCACUACAGGAGGGGCAGCAGCGGUGCGCCGGCCUCCUCCGCACCCGGCGGCGGCGGGGCAAACCCGGGGGACGACACCGCAACCCCGGCUGGAUCCUCCUCUCCCGGUCUCCACCACCACCAGCCGCAGUCCCAAGCCGCCGGCGCUCAGGUGAAGAAGAAGAGCGGCUUCCAGAUCACCAGCGUCACCUCGGCUCAGAUUAACGUGAGUGGCAACAACAGCCUGGCGGACGACACCGAGAGCUACGAUGACAUGGAUGAGUCGCACACGGAGGACCUCUCCUCCUCCGAGAUGCUGGAUGUGUCCGUGUCCAGAGCCACGGACACGGGUGUGCCCGAGAGGAGCUCCUCGGAUGAGACCCUGAACAGCCUCCACGGGGUGGACACGCCUGGUCUUGUGUCCCCCAAUGAGCCCCUGAACCCUCACCCUCUACCUCAGGGGGCUCAGCAGCUCACCUCGCUGGUAAACGGGACCAUGCAUCAUUUCUAUCCUCAGCAACACGGCCACCGUCGCUCGGACAGCUCGGGAGGAGCAGAACCCUCGUUGGUAGCUCUCCCCGUGGCGAGUUCGAGCCCGGUUAUGGUCUCCAAACCGGUGUUGGACAGUACGAAACCUGCAGGUGGGGCGGCUCAACCGGGAGCUUCUGUUGUUGCCUCUGAUCCGCAUCCGCAGGGCAGCGGGAGCCUGUCGACUGCGGUUCCUCCUGCGGGGUUUGACCCCGUCGGAGGAGGAACUCAAACCCAGCCCGCCCAAACUCAGACGGCCACCGGCUCUCGUUUCAGGGUGGUCAAGCUGGACACCAACUCUGAGCCGUUCCGCAAAGGACGCUGGACGUGUACGGAGUAUUACGAGAAGGAGAUUCCUCAACCGGCCGCGGCGGAGGCCCCGAAAGGUCCAGAGGUGGAGACGGAGGCAGGUACCACCGGGUCGAGUCAGGCCGUACCUGCUGCACCGCCGAGCCAAGACUUCCCCCUUCCCCAGGGACCGGCGGCUCCUCUCGCUCUGCCUACAGCACCGCCACAGCCUCCCUCUGUAAUACCCCAGCAGCUGCCCUAUGGGUUCGAUCCCCACCACCAACAACAAGGUUACCCCGCGCCUCAGGUCCACGCAGGCGUCCGGCAGCCAGACUUCAUCCAGCCCACCGCUCCCUUCCAGACCCAGGUCCAGCCUCCGCCGGUUCCAGGCGGCGUAACUCAACCCCAGCUACAACCGCAGCCCCCCUCCGCCGCCGCCGCCCCGCUGACGCACCCCCACGGCACCUACAUGCCUCUGACCGCCGCACUCCAGCCCCUCCUCGCCCCGGGUGCGACCUUCACCCAGGUUCCCGUAAACACCUCCCACCUGGAGGACGCCCAGAAGUUUCUGCUCCAGCAUCAAGGCCUGUUGAGUCUGCCCCGGCUGGGGGCGGCAGCCGGCGGAGGCGGAGGCGGCGGCGCGGACGGCGGCGGUGCUGCUCGAACCCUGGCCCACAUGGGGAUGUCGGCGGAGGCCAGUGCCUUCAUGGCUGCCGCUGCGGGACUCAGGACUCACGCUGAAGGAGAGGACGACAGCUCCUCUGGUGCCAGUGUGGUGGCCAUAGACAACAAGAUUGAACAAGCCAUGGACCUGGUGAAAGAGCCACCUGAUGUACGCCGUCCGCAGGAGGUGGAGGUGCUGAAGGAGCAGAUAAAGAGCUUGAUCGAGCGCAACACUCAGCUGGAGCAGGACAACCUGCUCAAGAACCUGGCCAGCCCCGAGCAGAUGGCUCAGUUCCAGGCGCAGGUCCAGGACUGCGGCUCGCCGACCGGCCGGCAGCCUCUGGUCCCGGCGGACCACGCAAUCGUCCCCGUCACACAGACUCCGCACGUCUGCGUAAACACAGAAGCUGCACAUGGAGACCCCUCCACUAGGAUAAGGGAGGAGGGAGGGACAAUGCGUCGUCGUGGUGAUGAAUAUGAUUGGGGGGAAGAGCAGCCUACAGGAAGCGCCAGCGACCCUCGCAACCGCGCCGUUGUUCGGCGAGGGAGGAGCUUAACGCGGCCGACAAUCGAGAGCGCGCUUUGUGUCAGUGCCGCGAAUCCUCGCAGCGUGCGUGACUGUGAAAGUGGUGCCAUCGCUUAG